AUGAAGUCCAUUUCAAUUAUUGUCGCAGCUCUUGCUGCUGGUGCUUUCGCAGAACUACAUACUCAAGGUGUUUGCAUCGAUACCCCUGGCAAAGGAGUGGAGGUUUACAAUAGAGCUGCGACUGAAAAGGCAUGUGGUGCCUAUAAGAACCGAAACACCGGUAGCAAGCAAUGGGAUCAAUGCCCUGAUUGUACGCUUAAGAAUGAGAAGGACCUGUUAUACUAUUGCGAGUCCCAGGGAAACCACAUCGGAGGCGAUGAGCUACACUAUUACUGCACCCAAAAUGGUGCAGGGGACAGCGUUGCUUGGUGA